UUGAGCUCUGCUGUGUGCUCAGUGGGGAUGCCGCAGCCACACAUCUUGGCAGGUCGUUAAGAGCGAUAAACAGAAAACAAGAACAAGUCUCUUAGGGCAGAUAGCACCUAGUCAGAGGGGACCCUUUUCCCAGAAGUAGCCAGCCAGCUAGGACCCCAGACAGACAAUCCCAGCAUGGGGAACCAGGACGAGACCAGGAAGCUGAACGGCAGCUCCUCGCACCCCGACGGCACCUCAGCCGUGGCCCCCGAGCAGGCUAAAGAGAGCAUGCAGAUGAAGAAGGAGAUCUCCCUGCUCAACGGAGUCAGCCUCAUCGUGGGCAACAUGAUUGGCUCGGGCAUCUUCGUGUCUCCCAAGGGCGUGCUCAUCUACAGCGCCUCCUACGGCCUGUCGCUGGUCAUCUGGGCCAUCGGUGGAAUAUUCUCAGUGGUCGGCGCUCUGUGUUACGCAGAGCUGGGCACCACCAUCACCAAGUCCGGGGCCAGCUAUGCCUAUAUCCUGGAGUCCUUUGGUCCAUUCAUUGCCUUUAUUCGCUUGUGGACAUCACUGCUCAUCAUUGAGCCCACCAGUCAGGCGGUCAUCGCCAUAACGUUCGAUAACUACCUGGUGCAGCCACUGUUCCCCACGUGUGAGCCACCCUACUCAGCCUCGCGCCUCAUCGCAGCCGCCUGCAUAUGUUUGCUGACGUUCAUCAACUCGGCCUACGUGAAGUGGGGCACCAGGGUGCAGGAUGUCUUCACUUAUGCCAAAGUUCUCGCCCUCGUCGUCAUCAUCAUCACAGGCAUAGUGAAACUAUGCCACGGAUACACCGUGAACUUUGAAGCAUCGUUCCAGGGCUCUUCUACAGACCCAGGAGACAUUGCCUUGGCCCUGUACUCUGCCCUGUUCUCCUACUCGGGCUGGGACACACUCAACUUUGUUACCGAGGAGAUCAAGGACCCAGAGAGGAACCUGCCCCUGUCUAUUGCCAUCUCCAUGCCCAUUGUCACGAUCAUAUAUAUCAUGACUAACGUGGCUUACUACGCCGUGCUGGACAUGAGUGCCAUCCUCGCCAGUGAUGCCGUGGCUGUGACGUUUGCCGACCACACUCUGGGAGUGAUGAGCUGGACCAUCCCCAUCGCUGUGGCUCUGUCCUGUUACGGAGGGCUAAACGCAUCUAUUAUCGCCGCAUCCAGGCUGUUCUUCGUGGGUGCUCGUGAAGGUCACCUCCCGGACGCCUUAUCAAUGAUUCAUGCGGAGAGGUAUACACCUGUCCCUGCUCUGCUCUUCAACUGUGCCAUGGCCUUGGUUUACCUGACUGUAGAGGAUGUCUUCCAGCUGAUCAACUACUACAGCUUCAGCUACUGGUUCUUUAUGGGUCUGUCUAUCGCCGGGCAGAUCUACCUGCGCUGGAAGGAACCAGACAGACCCAGACCACUCAAGUUGACCCUGUUGUACCCCAUCAUCUUCUGUUGUUGCACUGUGUUCCUCGUGACAGUGCCACUCUACAGUGACACCAUCAACUCUCUCAUUGGCAUCGCCAUUGCCAUCUCAGGAGUGCCAAUCUACUUCCUGGGCAUCCACCUGCCCGAGUCCAAACGCCCACCCUACAUUAGGAAGUUACUAUGUUCUUUCACACGCUUCACCCAGCUCACCUGUUUCUGUGUGCUCACUGAGAUGGACAUCAGUGAGUAAACCUCACUCCCAACCAUGAAACAAAGUUCUCACCAUUGUUACCCACCACCCUUUGCAAUUUACAAACAGACAUAUGGGACCAACUCAUGGAAAUUCAUCUCUUUUGCAAAAACAAUGAAAUAUUUAUACAUUUUACCUGAAUGUCUCACUACUACAUUAGUCUGUAGUUUACAAGUUGGGACACUAUACACACGUUUACACACACAGACAGGUAUAGAGAGGUGACAGUGUGGGACUCCAGUUGCUUUUCACUGUCGCCAACCUGGUGCCUGAUGGUUCAUGUGAAGUUAAGCAUUGGGCCAGGACAGAUCCCAAGGAAAGCCAUGAUCAUCUGACCAGUACUCUAGAACAUCCCCUCCUCCUUAUGUCAUUAUACUACUCGUAGUUUCACUGGUGUAUGAGCUGAGGGGGUGAGAUCCACAUCAGAGCCUGUGGAGGUCUCUCCCUUCUCAGGGGCUGGAGAUCCAUGUAACAUGGCUACACAUCUCGUAUCUUGUGAUGGAAUUACCUAGAGAGUUAGACAAUUUUGUUUUAUGAUCUCAGAGUACACUUUCAUUUUUAGAAUUUGAAUGUGCAGUGCCUGUCAAAAACAUUAGGAACACCUGCUCUUUCCAUGACAGACUGAUUAGGUGAAAUCCACUUCAAUCAGUGUGUGUGUGGGGGGGGGGCAGGCUAAAGAAGGAUUUUUAAGCU